AUGAUGACUUACCGAAUGAUAUUUAUAUCAUUAGUGCUAUGCGCUUUGUUUGACAUAUAUCAACCACGUAAAUAUAGUUACAAACUUGUACCUAUGGGCACACUUAGAGAUCAUCCAAUAGUGAAGAAGUACCUAUUGAAACCGUCGAAAACGAAAUCAAACUCUGCAUUGUGUAAAUUACCGGAAAACGUGGGUUUAUGUCGACAAUCCAAACUACGGUUUUACUACAAUUCAAUAGCCCGUAAAUGUCAACCUUUCAUAUACACUGGUUGCCGUGGGAAUAAAAAUAAUUUUCGAUCCAUUGCUGCUUGUGAAAAAACAUACCCAUAUAAAUACUCGUCUCCUAAUCGUACUCUCCUUGCAGAAUUAUUCAUAUCAUUCUGCAGCACAGUAAUGGUAUUCGGCAAAGAACACGCAGGCGAAUGGUUGGCUAAGACUCCUAUUGCAUUUAUUGGCACUAUCUCUGAUGUUGUUCGAGACUCAUCCACUCGUUCAAUACCGCCAAUAGAUUCUUAUAAACUACGAUUUCAAAAUGUUCGAACAUUGCGCGGAUCUAUUGUAGGGACAGAGUUCGAUUAUCAACAGCGUGGUCGUACAGGAAGUUGCCUACUACGAAUUAUUCAAAAUGUUGAUGGAUUAGACGCAAUAGGAGGCGAAGAAGAAGUUCGAGAACCACUGUCUGGUUCAACUUAUCUUGCAUGUACUAAUGAUGGAGCUCAAGUGAAAGCACUCGUUGAACUAGAUAACAAUACUAUUGAAUACUUACUUCAGGCAUCUAAAUUACCAUUGGGAUGGUAUAGAAAUUCAAGUGGACAAUUAGAGAGUCCGUGGCAAUAUUCUCAUGCAAAACAUGUUAAAUGGUACAAUAAUGAACGCUUUGCUACUUUUGAAAAAUGCUCGAAAUCUGGUCGACCACUACUCACCACCACAGAUGAUAUUUCAUUUUCAUGCGAGCCAGUCAAAUCUACUCAUACAAAACAAUAUCAAAAUCCUGAUGGUGAUGGUGUAUUUAAAUUAACCGUAACCAACAAUAGUAACCAACCUGUAGAAGUUUCUGCACUAUUACGUGACAGUCGCUCGAAAAAAAUCCUUUGGGAAGAAAGUAUCUUUGUCAUUACCGAUUCCGGGAAUCAUUUUUUUCCAGCACACGGGCACGCCAACGAUGUCGAACCUACUGUUCUUCAGCCACACGAAACGAUUUCAGCUAAUUUAGAUACUUUGACUUUACAUGGGAUAUCGUGGCCUCAAGGUGGCUGGCGUUUGAGAUUGAAAUUUUGUUUGGGAAACAAGGCUUCCGAAGGAAACUAUUACUAUUUUACUGAUCAUCAUGAACCAAUUCGGAAGAAAGCAGAGAAAAAGAAGACUGCUAUUGUUGAUUAA